UCAAGAACGUCGGACGUGAAAAGCACUAUCUGCCAAAGAAUUUGUAAACAGUUUCGGAGAACUGCAAACAGCUGUGCCACCUGAUUCAUCGCCAUGAAUUUCAACUGGUGUGUAGGGCUCUUUGUGGUCUUGGCCUUGGUUUCGCCGAUUUAUUCCGCCUGCCCAAAGGAAAAUCAAAUGUGCUUGAGAAACGGAACGUUUGCGUCUUGUGAUGGAGAGGAACGUAAUUCUUCGGAUGAACCUACGCAAACAAAUCUGGUUUACUGUACGUCCAUGUUCUGCGAGCCGGAGGAGUUUCAGCACGACUACAUAACGCGUAACCACGAUCAAACACCUCACCAGAACAAGUGGAAACGGGCUAGAAUCGGCGAACGUGCCACCCUGCACGAUGUUUGCCUUCUGCGAAACGGAAUGCCGGUCACCAGGGAGUGCAGAGUGCAGGUCAACCGAGCCCACUGGGAGUCCACCGAGCACUGGGAUCCCGUGGUGUGCUUGAGGCGAUUCAGGGAGCGCACGAUCAGUGGCGACUUGAACAGCCUGCAUGACGAUGUUCUCGAGGGCAGGAGGCGCACCAAUGACUCCCAGGGGCGCCGUGAGAUGACUGGCAUCAUGAGGAACAUGUUCCGGCAGAGGGAUAGGACUCUUCUACCCGCCGAUGUCCACAUGACCGGACAAAUGUUCGGCACCCUGAUGCAGCAGGAAAAGGAUGCUACGGUCAGUGUGGACUUGGUCAGUGUCUGCAAGGAGAUUAUGUCCUGCGACAGUCAGGUUCUCAGAUUAUCCGCCCAGCUCAACGCCACCAACUCCCUGCUCAGCCAGUUCGAGAGCUACAUGGAUGCCCUUCCCGAGCAACUGGUUCCCAAGGACAGAUGCGGCAAGGUGGUGGCCAAGCCGACCAGUGACGAGGCAGAAACGGCCACUACUGGAGUGGAAACCUACAACUUCUCAGAUAUCGGUGUCCAAGCCCUGAUUACCGGCAAUAUCAGCGUGUUCUUCGCCAACCCCGAAUGCGAUCGCAUAACUGGAAUAGCUAUAUUCUCUGCGCCAGGUGACCAGCGAAGAACUUCCGGCAGUGGCUUCUGGUACCGCUUCAUCCGAUUCUCCGAUGACUUGGCUAAGGUCAAGGAGGAAUCCAAUCUGGAGACAGCUACAUUUUUGCCGGAGAAUCUCUGGCGGCAAGUGAAUAGCAGGGGAGCAACCUAUCUCAUCUUUAAGGUCUACGCCCACGAUGCUCUGUUCGUGGAAACCUCACUGCAACGCACUCGCAAGCCUCGCAGCAAAGUAAUCUCCAUUUCAAUACCAGGACUGAGAAGCAAUUAUCUUUCGCUGCCACUGCCCUUUCUUCUGCGGAAUGAAAAUCUGCGCAAUCCGGAUUCAAAGGCCUUUCGAUUUGGAAGUGGAUGCGGAUAUUGGAACUAUGAGACCUGGUCAAACGAGGGAGUAAGCACUGCAAGCAGUUCGGACCCCUUGAAGGAUGCCAUCAUCGAGUGCCACACUAACCACCUCACACAGUUUGCAUUCCUGGUGGGUGGAAGCUAUCGAGCCAACGACCUUGGUGAGGAGGUUCUAAUUACUCCCAUUAAUGAGAAAGUGCUGGACAUUAUCUCGAUAGUGGGCUGCAGUCUUUCCCUUCUGGGUAUACUGGGAAUAUUCCUCACUGCCGCACUCUUCAAAAGCUGGCGCAGUCAGGCCUCCACGAAGGUCUUACUGCACCUUUCCCUGGCUAUGUGCCUCCAGAUGGUGCUCUUCGUGUUUCUCAAUACAGAUGAUGUAUCCGAAGCGCUCGUUGUGAAUGGAAACACAGUUCGCUGCGUGGCGCUGGGCGCUGCCAUGCAGUACUCCAUUCUGGUCCUCUUCAGUUGGAUGCUGAUCAUCGCCUUCCUGCAGUUCCAGCGUUACGUCACAGUUAUCGGAAUCGAGAGACCACCUCGCUAUAUCCUGAAGGCCGCCAUUGUGGCCUGGCUACUGCCCUUGGUGCCCACCCUGCUGGUGGCCCUAAUAGAUCCCGAUUCGUACGUCCCCUCGGCUGCCCAACUUUCCACGGACACUGGCAUCUGCUAUCCAUCGGGCUAUGGUCUCAUUUUUGGGGUGGUGCUCCCUGUGACCUUGAUUACUGUGUCCAACUUGGUGAUAUUCGUGUAUGUCUUCUACAGCAUCUCGCACUCCUUGAGCCAGAGCAUCCAUAAAAACGAAAAGAAAAUGGUGGUUAAGCAGAUCCGACUCUCCAUAAUGCUCUUCUUUUUGCUGGGACUCACCUGGAUCUUUGGAAUAUUCGCCUUCAUGCAGGCAGGUGUGGCCUUUUCAUAUCUCUUCUGCAUCACGGCCACUAUGCAGGGAUUUGUGAUGUUCAUUUACUUUGUCCUCUUGGACUCCACGAACCGUCGGCUGUGGGUGGGUCUGAUUUGCCCCACCAAGAUGGAGCUGGACGUCCAAAAGCGCACCACUGAGCUCCAGUCGAUGACCACCUCAUCCACGAACUACAACAGCAGAUCGCAUCAGUAGAUAUACUAAAAUACGUAUUCCCCGACGAACAAAGGUCCACGACCAAUGUAUUGAUAAUCUAAUAUUUAUGCUAAUUGAUUGCCAUUAUGUAUAGGUCCCUAAUUUAAAAUGAAACAAAUUCUAAUA